AAUUGAUAAAAGUCCAAAAAGCCACAACAAAGCACAAAAAUAAAGUUUUCUAUAAUUUUCCGUAAUUUGUUGAACGCGACGUCGGAAUUCUCUCAUUGUGAACCACAACCACGCGCUAAAUUGUGAAUUAACUGAGUUCCAAAUGAAGCAGUAAAGGCAAAAAGAGAAUACCAGAAAAUCAAAAUCAAAAUGCUCGAAUCGCCCAAAUUUAUUGAGAAUGAUUGUUACGAUGGCAGCCGCAUUUUUUCCUGGCUAGCCGACAUGGUUGGGCUGUCUGUUGAUUUGGUUAACUUCCUAGUGUGUCAAAUAUCGGCGCUCUUCCUGGCAUCGCUUUUUCGCUCGUGGCUACAUCCAUCGAAGGUCUCCUAUGAGGUGCGGCAUGUUUUUGCCCUUUCGCUUGGCCUGGCCUUUGGCUACUUUUGCUUUGGCCAGCAGGCAAUACACAUUGCCGGACUGCCGGCCAUCUGCUUUAUAGUCAUACGCACACAGGAUCCGCGUAUUGUUCAGAGAAGCGUCUUGCUGGUUGCCAUGGGCUAUUUGCUGUGUGUGCACCUAAUGCGUCAGAUCUACGACUAUGGCUCGUAUGCACUGGACAUAACUGGACCAUUGAUGAUCAUCACUCAAAAGGUCACUAGCCUGGCCUUCAGCAUACACGACGGUUUUGUCCGUAAAGACGAGGACAUGACAAAGGCUCAGCAAUAUCAUGCGAUUAGGAAAAUGCCUUCAGCAUUGGAAUACUUUUCAUAUGUGUGGCACUUUCAGAGCCUGAUGGCCGGACCGUUGGUCUUCUACAAGGACUACAUUGAAUUUGUCGAGGGCUGCAAUCUGUUAAAGCGUCCGACGAGCAAUGCCACUCUGGACAAUGGCCGAUCCGAAUUGGUUGUAGAGCCAUCUCCGACGAAAACAGUCAUACGCAAGGUGCUGGGAAGCAUGGUGUGUGCCUUCAUAUUUAUGAAGUUUGUGAAAAUAUAUCCAGUGAAGAAUAUGAAAGAGGAUGACUUUAUCGAUGGCAACACUAUACCCUAUAAAAUGUGGUAUGCCAUGAUGGCAACCACCUGCAUACGCUUUAAGUAUUACCACGCCUGGCUCCUCGCCGAUGCCAUUUGCAAUAAUUCGGGUCUGGGCUUCACCGGCUACGACAAGGAUGGCAAUGCCAAAUGGGAUCUCAUAUCCAACAUAAAUGUGCUCUCAUUCGAGUUCGCCUCAAAUAUGCGGGACGCGAUCAACAACUGGAAUUGCGGCACGAACCGCUGGCUGCGCACACUCGUCUACGAGCGCGUGCCCAAGAAGUAUGGUACUCUGCUGACAUUCGCCUUGAGCGCUGUGUGGCACGGCUUCUACCCAGGCUACUAUUUGACCUUUGCCACGGGCGCAUUGAUGGUAACGGCGGGCCGUACAGCGCGCCGCAUGCUCCGCUACCGAUUCCAGAGCACACAGUUUACGCGCAUGUUCUACGACAUUCUCACCUGCAUCACAACGCGCAUCGUGAUGGGCUACACCACAUUCCCAUUUGUUAUGCUUGAAUUUAUGGGCAGCAUCAAAUUGUACCUGAGAUUUUAUUUGUGCCUUCAUAUUAUUUCACUAGUGACCAUAUUUAUUUUACCACGCUUCAUACGCGGCGAACAGCGGGCCCGGCGCUCUAACGGAACGGAAGUAACAGCUGACAGUGACAGGAGCGGGCAGACGGCUGUUGCUACACAGCCGCUGCUGGCCGCUCAGAAUGAUCUCAAAGCCGGGCAGGAUGUGGCUGCUCAGGACCAGCUGCAGCUCGAUAAGCAUGCUAAAUGUAAUGACAAAAUACCACAACAACACCAACAACAACAACAACAGCAACAACAACAACCAAAUAGCCAGCCUCUAAUACUCCAACCACGCCCACAGCAACAGCAGCAGCACUCGCAAAAGAUACAGCCGCCGCCAUUAACUCUGAAUGUGACGUCCGCCCGCGACGCGGUUAGUGUGCCGCACGAUCAAUGCGAAAUGGACCAGUUGUCGAGCAAGCUGAAGGAGAAGAUAGAGGCGGAGACCAAAAAUAUUGAGGAAUUUAUUGAUAAGACUGUCACCGAAACCGUCAGCGGCAUCGUUGAAUUCAAAAACGAUCUGAUGCGCGACAUCGAGUUUCCCAAACUAAAGCUGGCUGCCGGCCAGGUGACCAGCAGCGCCGCCAACCUGGUGGAUGCUGCUGCCGCCGGUCUACGCAAGCGGAACAUAUCCCAUGACAACAAUCCAAACAACUCGAACUCAUCAAACGCACAAUCGGAUCAGGACGACAACAACAGCAACAGCAACGGCGGAGGCGGGGGCGGGGGCGGGGGCGGUGUUUUCCUCAAAAAGGAAAUGGAUGUAAUCAAUGCUGUGGUGCAGCAGGCGAAUGUUUUGCCAGCGGUGCUCAGCAACGGCCAUGCCAAAUAGUAGAAACUAAGCGUUAAGAUCAACAACAGCAAUAACAACAACAACAACAACAACAACAAUAGGCAGCAAUUGGAUUAAUUAACAAACUGUAGUAGAAACGGCUGGGAAAACGGAAUGAUGGGAAUUUAUAGAACUGUGCUUAUAGCGCAGGAGCAAGCACAAAGAGCUUAGGCGAAGAAGAAACAAACACCCACGCACAAAAAUAUACGAACACACACACACACAUGCAUACAC